GGGGUACUUUGUACAAAACCACUUGCGCACGCCAGCUGGACAUUUAUGUUUGAAUUGCAGGUUGUCAAUUCUCAGCGACGGCACUUUUGGAAUAUAUCUUUUGAAUUUGCGCUGAGUGCUUCGAGGCAGCAGAAAUCAGUUCUGCUUUCAUCCAACACCCUCCGCAUUCCACUCACAACUACAGCCACUUACACUACACUAUACUCACCAUUGACAGCUGACAAUUGACACCCCGACAAUGACCUCAACCGACUCAGCCGGCGGCUUCAUCUACCCCUCCCUCCCCUCCCCCGCGCCCUCAACAAUAUCAACCUCAACCGCAACGCCCUCCCUCCUCCCACAACAACGCAGGCACCCGCUCAAAGCGGGGUCGAUGAAGGAGACUGCUGUGAUAAACCAUCUGGACAAGAGUAUUCUGGGGAUAAACCGGCGGCAUGCGAAGAAGUUUAGCAGUACUUAUGGGGGCGGGGCGCCGAACGGAGAGGGUGAGGGUAAGGGUGAGGAUGAGGUGGAGAUGGAGGGUCAGGGUGAACGCGGAUACGAGAGUUUCAAAGAAAUGGUCAGGGAUAUCGAGAGCCUAGUCGAUGUCGUCUGGGUUAGCGGCACACCAACCCUCCAAAUCCCAUACAUAAUCUCCCUCGCCGUCCUUGUGAACUCCAGUCUCCCCUCCUACCCCUUUACGCCCCAAUCGACCUUCCGCCUCCUCCGCAAACUAGACUCCGUCUUCGCGUCGCUGUUAACAGGUGAAGACGCGGACUCGGGGACUCCGCUGGCGGGGUUUGAGACGAGGCGGGAUAUCGUCUCGAUGACGGAGAAGGUGCGGAUUAAGAGUAUUGCGGAGGCGUGUCGGAUGGUCGUUAUGGAGGUGAGAGAGCGGAGUGACGAGACAACUGAUGGGGAUGGGGAUGCUACGGGGGAAAGUGAGGUGGAUAGUGAAGAUGAGGAGAUGGAAGAUGUGAUUGGGGAUGCGAAUGCGAAUGCGACGAAUGGGAAUAUCAAUCCGAUUGAUGAGUAUCAUGAGACGCCUGGACGGUGGGAGAUGGAGGCGGCGAGGGUGUAUGAGAGGACGAUUCAGUUGCUGGGGGAUGAGUUGGGGAGGCAGGGGGAGUUCGGGGACGAUAUUGGGCAGCGAGAGAUCACGCCUCCGUGUGCACCCAGUACAGCUCAAUAACAACAAAUAUAUCCAAUAGACCAUAUUAAACUAAAGUGACAGCCCUAACUAAAUUAUAGACCAGAGUACCGGGUCGUCGACUACUGUAAGCUCCUGAAAUGCAAAAAGCGACAUCCGUAACGGCUGAAAUUUUACAGGGCACCAGUGGAUUCAAUCUUUCAAAACGCCACGCGAUGGGCCUCAGAAUUUUAAGCGGAUUGGGAUCGGAAGC